AUGUCAUCCAGGAAACGUUCGUCUGACUCCGGCGUUGGCCUUGACAAUAGCGUGCGCCCCAAGAAGGCCAAGGUCAACACCACAGCGGAAACCAAAAUCGACUCUAAUGGAGAUCGCUAUUGGGAAAUAUCCAAAAUGCGCCGCCUGACCAUAUCUUCUUUCCGUGGGAAAACCCAGGUGAAUGUUAGAGAAUACUAUGAAAAGGAGGGGCAGGAGUUGCCAGGAAAAAAGGGUAUCUCAAUGCCCGUGGAUCAAUUCGCUGCUAUCGUCUCUAUUCUACCUGAGAUUGAGCAGGCAUUGAAAGAAAAUGGGGAAACUCUGCCUCGGCCUGUCUACUCGGCAGAGGGUGGCCAGUCCGAUCAAGGAGAGCAAGGACAUGCUCAUUCGGACAACCAAGGUCUAUCAAAGCAGAAUAUUGAGGCGACAAGUGAUGAGGAGAGUGAAGCAUAA